AAGUUCUAUUGUGAUUGUGGGGAUUCAAACUUCAGCGUUCCUUGCCUAUCAAACAAAUUUUAGCUUCUUUAUUGUCACGAAUGAGCUCGAGCUAUUGAAAGCCGAUAGAGCAUUGGAAGCAAACGGUGCCCGAGUAGAUCUUUGUGGAGAGCCGUCGCCGUUCCCUUCGUUGUUCACGAUGCCCAAAUCGAAGAGAAAUAAAGUCGUUGCCCUGACGAAGACGCGCAGUAAAGGUUUCGAGCUGAAGAAGAAGCUUCAUGAUGAAAUAAAAACAUGUGCGGAUGACUACGCAUAUGCGUUUGUUUUCUCCGUUGAGAACAUGCGUAAUAACAUUCUGAAGGAACUGCGCUCCAACUGGAAACAGCAUAGCAGAUUCUUCUUUGGCAAGAACAAGGUAAUGGCAUCAGCAAUGGGCAAGUCACCAUCCGAUGAACACCAGCCAGAGCUUCACAGAUUAGCGAGGAAACUACGGGGCAACGUCGGUCUUCUCUUUACAAACAAGGAGCGCGACGAAGUCGUGUCGUUCUUUCAGACGUUCAGUGGCAGAAGUGAAGCCAAGCCAGGCUUUGUGGCUACAGAAACGGUGGAGUUGUGUGAAGGACCUCUUGAUCAGUUCAGUCACUCCAUGGAACCACAGUUCAGACAGCUGGGUCUACCCACAGCACUCAAGAAAGGAGUGAUAACCCUACUCUCUGAGUACACAAUAUGCAAGAAAGGCGACACGCUCACACCGGAGCAGGGCCGUAUCUUGAAACUCUUUGGCCACCAGAUGGCCAUGUUCAAAGUCAACUUGCUGUGCGUCUGGGCAUCGUCUGGCACCUUUGAGCAGCUUUCCGACGCCGUAGCAGAGGGAGCGGACGAUGACGCGGAUGGAGAUGACGAAGAGGAUGAGGAUAUGGGCUGAGGAGCUGGAGAUGUUCGGUCGUCAGUCGCGCGCACUCUCUCUCUCUCUCUAUCUCUCUCGGUCUCACUCUCUCCCCCGCCAACUCGUGUACAUAACUACUUUCUUCAGUUCCGACUCUCGGAUGUCCCUCGCGCCCAGGAGUUGUGGCUGAAUGUGGGCAGGAUGUUAGAGUGGCGUGAUUCUGAUUUCUUGACCUCUCCCUAUUUAACCUAGAUAAAGACUAUUGUGUACGUGGAGUUGUUGAGAGAAGAGACACUAUUCUUCAGUCACUGCUGCUGCUGCUGCUGCAACAACAGUUCUAAGUAGUAAACUUACUACUCUACACACUGCCUUGCGCACUGGUGGAGUGAAUAACAGA